AUGAAAGUAUUAAAUGAAACUUACGUCGCUAAUGACAUCUCUAUGAACAAGUUAGACCGUCUGGUUGGUAACAUAAGUGCUGAUAACUUUAUUUUCUUUAAUGAUGAUAAAAUACCGCCGGGAGGCAUGGGAUCGACCAAAGCUCUGCACAUUACAACCCGCUGCAAGGGGUAUACGUUGCCAGGGGUACUAACUGAUAAUGGAUCAACCCUAAAGGUCUUACCCUUAUCUACCCUGAAUAGGUUGCCCAUGGACAGCUCGCACAUGAAAACAUGCCAGAACAUAGCGAGGGCGUUCGAUGGUACUGAAAGAAGAGUAAUGGGAAAGAUUGAAAUACCCCUCCUAAUCGGCCCAAGCACGUAUGAGGUAGAUUUCUUGGUAAUGGACAUCAAGCCUUCUUACAAUUGUUUGUUAGGAAGACCUUGGAUUCAUUCAGCAGGAGCAGUACCUUCAUCGUUACACCAAAAGUUGAAGCUGCUAACAGAGGGUCGACUGGUGACAAUCAAUGCAGAGGAGGACAUCAUUGUGGCUGUAACUAGUGACGCACCUUAUAUAGGGACAGAAGAAGAAGUAAUUGAAUGUUCAUUCCGAUCUUUGGAAUUUGUAAACGCAACCUUCAUUGUUGAAGGGAAUAAGAUCCCCACACCCAGAAUAUCUAAAACAACGAGGAUGAGCUUACAAAUGAUGGCUGGAAGAGGGGCUCCACCUGGAAAAGGAUUUGGGAAAUUCCUCCAAGGGAGAAUGGAGGUACCCAUAUUGGUGGACAAACGAGACUGCUUUGGCUUGGGAUAUAGGCCAGAUGCAAGGCAAAAGAGGAAAGAGGUGGUCAAGUAUUCGGAAUGGGUAGCCAACAUAAUCCCUGUACCUAAGAAAGAUGGGAAAGUGCGAAUGUGUGUGGAAUACAGAGAUCUGAACAAAGUCAGUCCCAAAGAUAAUUUCUCGUUACCCCAUAUUGAUACCUUAGUAGACAACACUGUCGGUUACUCGCUGUUCUCCUUCAUGGAUGGUUUCUCCGGGUAUAACCAAAUUAGAAUGCAUCCUGAAGACAUAGAGAAGACUACCUUCAUAAUUAUGUGGGGAAUAUUCUGCUACAAAGUGAUGUCGUUUGGACUAAAAAUACGGAAGCAACGUAUCAGAGAGCCAUGGUAA